GAUCUUAUCAAGUUUUAGCAUGACUCGAAGAUCAUCUACAAGUGAUUUGUCAACAGUGAAGGAUGUAUAUCGACGUAGAAAUGCGGCUAAGAUGAAAAGAAAAUACAACGAUUUAGAUGCUUAUCAGAAGCAACUGUAUUGUGUUAAAAAAAAUAAACAUCGCAAGGGUCAAAACAUGGGUGUUGCAUGUCUUCAUACAGAUGAAGUUUCAUCCGAACCUAAAG